AUGCGCGAACGCUGGGUCUCCGCAUUCCCCCUCAUCGGCCUCGUCAUUGGUAUCAUUGGUUCCGCGUUCAUCACAUGGCGCGGAGUCUCUAUUUUACCCAACAAGAACCUCUGUCUCGUAUUCGAGGAUAACUUUCAGGGUGAUACGAUCAACAGCACGAUCUGGUCCCACGAAGUCCAAGUCGGCGGAUUUGGGAACCACCAAUUCGAAUGGGCAACAGCCGACUCCUCCGAAUCAUUCGUGGCGAACGGGUCACUGUACAUCAUCCCCCAACUCACCGAAACCGUCGUCCAACCCGCCGAUAUCACAGACGGGUACACCCUCAACCUCACCUCCCUAGGACAAUGCACCUCCACCAACUCCUCAGACUGCGUCAUAACCUCCAACUCAACCCUCGGCACGAUCCUAAACCCCGUCCGCUCCGCAUUCCUCACGACGAAAAACACGCACUCGAUUCGGUACGGCCGUGUCGAGAUUCGCGCAAAGAUGCCCGUAGGAGACUGGAUCUGGCCGCGAAUCUGGAUGUUACCCAAGGACAACGUCUACGGAGAUUGGCCAGCCUCAGGCGAAAUCGACAUCCUCGAGUCCCGCGGAAACGACAUCACAUACACCGGAAACGGGCGAAACUGGAUGACCUCGACCCUCCACUGGGGACCUUCCUCCUCCUACGACAGAUACUGGAAAACCCGAAACGUCCGAAUGACGGAGCAGACCACCUUGUCUGCCGACUACCACAAAAUCGGAUUCGAGUGGACGGAUAAGUACAUGUACAUGUGGCUCGACAACCGUAUACGACAAGUCAUGUUCAUCGAUACCUCCGCCAAUGCCAAAACCUUCUGGAACCGUGGUGAUUUCCCCGAACGUGAUUCAGAUACUCAGGAACUCCUCGUGAACCCCUGGACAGAAGGAACGCAUUCCGCGCCGUUCGACCAAGACUUUUAUUUGAAUAUCAAUGUUGCGGUUGGUGGGACGAAUGGUUGGUUCCCAGAUGAUGUUGGUGACAAACCGUGGGUUAACACGGCACCGAGUGUCGCUAUGAGGGAUUUCUGGAAUAAGAAGGACGUGUGGUAUAACACUUGGCCGAACAGUACUGCGAGGGGUAUGGCGAUUGAUUCGGUGAAGAUGUAUAAGAAGUGUAGUGCGUACACGACGGAUUAA